AUGAUUGGGCCACAAGGAGUGCACGAUCUUGCCGAUGCUUUGAAACAAAACGAGGGACUUACCGCACUUAAUAUCUACAGAAAUCAUAUCAAUAACCAAGGAGCACAGUAUAUUGCCAAUGGUUUACAGCAAAAUCAAACACUUAUCUCACUCGAUAUGAGGUAUAAUGAUAUCGAUGUUCAAGGAGCAGAGUAUUUUGUCAAUGCUUUAAAAGUCAAUAAAACACUCAUGACAUUGGAUCUUGGCGCAAAUCCAAUUGAUGGUCAAGGCAAACAACUUAUAUCGAAGAUGCAUCAAACUAUUCCGGGUCGAAACGUAUAUUUUUGGUGA